AUGAUUGAUGAAAAAGGUUUAUCUUUAGAAAUGCCAGCUCAUAAUCAAUCUUCUGAUCUUUCCCAAGAUAGAUGCCAUAUUGAUACUACUAUUAGUGGAUAUCAAAAAAGUGAUACGCAAAGGUUAGCAAAAAAGUGA